GUCUCAGUGCGGAGGGGGAAAAGGAAAAAAAGAGAGAAAGGAAUUUGCCAAAGUCGGUGAUCGAGUGAGGAUCGAAUUGCCCUUUUUCUCACAGCUGACACUUCGCUCGUUUGAUUCUGGUGCACGAGAUUGUCCAGUGGGAGCCCCGAGGACCAUCCAGCGAGAGAAAGAAAGAGGAAAGACUUUUCACUCGAGUCGCACCAUUGCGGGCAGAUCUGAGAGAUCUGAGACCAAAGCCGCGUGUCACAGUGUGGCCGGCCAUGUGGCUUUCAGCGCCUUGUGAUGGUGGUUUUGCCGAGAAGCUGCGGUCAAUCAUCGAGAUGGGCUUCCCGGAGGCGGCCACGAGGUCAGCCGGCGACCAUAAGCACAUAAAGGCAUUGGCGUGUGAAAGGAUGUCAUUUUUAUCAGGGAGAAGCUUCUCGAGGAGAGGGGCGAUGUGCAGGCUGCUCUUUCCUCGCUGCUGCGUGUGCAGCCAGAUGAUCGGGGAGGUAUGUGUGUAUGUCUGUGAGCGGCACGACAGCACGAAACACGUACACACAGAUGGACGAUGGAUGUGGAGGCCACCGUGGUGUUGUCGACUUCUGUCAGCCCCCGCCAUGUCUGAUGAGGAGCACCAGAUCGCACCAGAGCAGCAGACGGACGUACCAUUAGAUGCGGCCGACCCGUCCAGCCCAGAAAAGCGAGAACGGAAACAAGGCGAGCUGUGCGGACUCCAAAACAUCGGAAACCGUGAGUUGCGACACGCAAACGUACCUGUCUGUACACGCACCUCUCUCUCCCUCUCUCUGCGUCCAUUCGUGCGUCUCUCUCAGCUCACCACGUCAAUUUCUUCCUCCAGACGCUCUUCCUGGUGCCCGGCUUUGUCGACUGUGUGCUGCGGUAUCGCGAGGAAAGCGAGCUGCCGGCAAAGAGCGAGAGAGAGACCACCGAUGGGUCAGUAAGGGAACACUUGGGCCUUGCCAUCGUGGUGGCGUCAUCUCUCUCUCUCUCUCUGUGUGUGUGUGUGUGUGCAGUGCUGCUAGCGGUGAGGGUACGAUGGCCGAUGGUGUGCCGCUGGGCGAGGAGUCAGCGAGACGGUAACGAUAACAAUGCAGCCUGAGGGGCUCCAGAGUCUUAUGCGUGUUGGUGUGUCGUAUCAGACACUCGAGCGGCGCCAGAGGGAGGGGGCGGACGGCAUCGCAAUCACUAGGUGUGCAUUCGGGGCAGACAUGCACCUGGUGGUGCGGUACAUGUGUUGUCUUCUGUGUGGUUGUUGUUCACGAACAGUGUUGGAGCUGCGCCGUCUGUUUGCGCACAUGCUGCUGUCGAAGCGCAAGUGCGUUAGCCCAGAGAACGUGCUGGCGCACCUGGUCGAUGAGAACGGUACACCCCUGCAGUGUACAUGUUGCAGCCACACACCGUCAUGCAUACCUAAUGGUGUGUGCGGUGCGUGGAUGAAUCAAUCAGGUCGGUCGGUCCCUUUGGGCACACAGGAGGAUGUGGGGCAGCUUUCAAGCAAGUUCUUCGAACGGCUAGAGGAAGGUCACUCAGUCUGCCUGCCGUGCACACAAAGCCGCGGACGACACAUGACAUACAUGCAUUCAUAUACCUGUCUGUCUGUCUGUCUGUCUGCACCUGUUGGUCCCAUCAGAUCUCAUGCAGGGUGCGGUGAUGCCGCCCCGGUGGGGCCGUCAGCACCCACCUCCCAUUCCCGCCACCGCCACCCCUCUACUCAUCCCCAUCCACCGACACACACCAGCACUCCGCAACACCAGCUGCAGCGCCUAA